CUCCCUCCUCCAUGCAUCGGAGCCUCGCAACAAGUAGCCUAGCUAGACGUGCACUACUACCGCACUGAAGAGUUCAUGUGUUCGAGAAGUGCUCGUCGUGAGGCAGUCGCCAUUUUGAAACCCAAAUCGUUCACAGUACACCCGCCCUGAAACCUGGAACUAUGCCGCGGGGCCGGCCUCGCAAACUGAGGGAUAAAACCAACGACGGAACAGAGGGUAUAUCUGGAGCCAAGCAGGACUACAGCCAUGGGGAUUCCAAGGACAACAAGUGCACUGUCUGCUCUCAGAGCUUCACUACUGAGAGCCAGCUACAGAGGCACCAGCGUGACCAUGAGGCCAACGACAAGCCUCACCGGUGCGACCAGUGUGCCCAGACGUUUAACGUGGAGUUCAACCUCACGCUCCACAAGUCCACACACGCCACCUCCAACCCCACCUGCCCGGUGUGCCACAAGAAGUUCUCCCGCGUGGCCAGUCUCAAGUCCCAUAUCAUGCUGCAUGAGAAGGAGGAGAAUCUGAUCUGUACAGAGUGUGGCGARGAGUUCAUUCUCCACAGUCAGCUCAUGCUGCAUCUGGAGGAGCAUCGCAAAGAGCUGUCUGGGGCCAAGGUGUACACCUGCAAGACCUGCAGCAAGGAGUUCAAGAUGGCGGGCCAGCUCAAGGAGCACACCAAGACCCACAUCAAGAUGAGGCCACUCAGCUCGAAUUCCAGAAACUACAAGAAGAAUAUUGAUCGCAGUGGAUUUACCAACAGCUGUCAGCACUGUGGCAAGACGUUUAAAAAGCCCAGCCAGCUCGUUCGACACACACGAAUACACACAGGCGAACGGCCAUACAAGUGCAGCCACUGUAGCAAGGCCUUCAACCAGAAAGUGGUGCUGCAGACCCAUAUGGUGAGGCACACGGGAGAGAAGCCCCACCUCUGCAUCUUUUGUCCCGCUUCCUUCUCGCAGAAGGGCAACCUGCACUCGCACGUCCAGAGAGUGCACUCUGAGCUUACGGGGGUGCCACUGUUCCCGUGCAUGGACUGUAGCUGUGUGUUCAAAAAGCUGGGCAGUCUCAACGCCCACAUCAGCAAGAUGCACAUCUUGCUCAUAGAGGAAUCGGCCAACACACAGGAGGUGGAGGAGUCGGGUCAGGGCGUGGCGGGGUCAGAGGGCAGCGAGGUGGUGACUGACGUGAUCCAGCAGCUCCUAGAGCUGUCAGAGCAGGUGUCAGGGGAGGGGACCCAGUCACAGCCCCAAGAACAGACCAUCACCAUGGAGACGGCCAUCAACCAGGACAUCCUACAGCAAGCCCUGGAGAACAGUGGGUUGAGCGUGGUUCAGUCCCAGACCAACGGAGUGGCCAGACAGACUCAGAGCCAUGCUGCCGAGGGGGCUCUACCUGACAGUAAGAAGUUACCAGGCCAGGACAAAACCGCCAAGAAGGAGAAGAAAAUCUUCAAAAAACCUGUACAGAUGCCAGGUUCCAUCAGGGAGGAGAACGGCGUGCGGUGGCACAGCUGCCCUUACUGCAGCAAGGAGUUCAAGAAGCCCAGCGACCUGGUGCGCCACGUCCGCAUCCACACGCACGAGAAGCCCUUCAAGUGCAAGCAGUGCUUCCGCGCCUUUGCCGUCAAGAGCACCCUCACUGCACACAUGAAGACGCACACAGGCGUCAAGGCCUUCGAGUGCCAGUGCUGUAUGAAGUGCUUCUCCACGUCGGGCAGCAGGAAGGUCCACAUGCGCCUACAUACAGGUCUGCGUCCGUUCCCGUGCCCUCACUGUGACAAGAUCUUCCGUACGUCGGGCCACAGAAAAACACACAUCGCCUCCCACUUCAAGAGCCUGCAGCAGAAGAAGCACAAGUUCCCACGCAAAAUCCACAGAACCAAGGUGUCCAAGAGCAACCUACCUCUACCUGAUAUCCCCCUGCAAGAGCCCAUACUCAUCACGGACCUCGGUCUCAUCCAGUCCCAGAACCCUCGCCUGGUCUUUCAGACGUACCUGGAGAUGGUGGACAAUGAUCGGCCAUACAAGUGUCCCUGCUGUAACAAGGCCUAUAAGAAAUCCAGCCACCUCAAGCAGCACGUUAGGUCUCACACGGGAGAGAGGCCGUACAAGUGUGUCCAGUGCAGUAAGGGCUUUGCCUCCUCGGGGGUGCUGAAGGCCCACAUCCGGACCCACUCGGGCCUCAAGGCCUACAAGUGCCUGAUUUGUGACACCACGUUCACCACCAGCGGCAGCCUGCGCCGCCAUAUGACCACCCACAGCGACAUGCGGCCCUACAUGUGCCCUUACUGCCAGAAGACCUUCAAGUCCUCACCCAACUGCAGGAAGCACAUGAAGACCCACAGGUAUGAGUUGGCCCAGCAGCUCCACCAACAGCAGAACCCGGAGCCCUCGCCGCUGGACGACCCUAUGGAUGGCACCACCGUGACCCACGACCUGCAGGUGGAGUUGGAGGACGGCACCCUACAGCAGGAGGCUCCUCCCACGGUGGGCUCGGAGCAGCAGGGCAUGCUGGAACUGGGCCAGGCGCAGGUGGUGGACGGCGGCCAACAGGUGUCGCUGGAGACCCAGCUGAGUGACCAGCCCCUGGGACAGGAAGAGGACACCUUUGUGACUACCCAGCAUGCUCUGCCUCAGAAUAUUAGCCAGUUUGAGACACAGACACUCCCGCAGCCUGGCUUUGACCAGCAAGCACUUACUCAAGGUUUCACCAUCACCGCGGACGGCUAUGCCCAGGCCCAGUUCUCCACGGUGCAGCAGCUCCAGGACUCCAGCACCCUGGAGUCUCAGGCCCUGUCCUCCAGCUACCACCCCCAGAACCUGCUCCAUGUGCCCAGCCAAGAGACAAGUGGCCUGCUCCAGGAGACUAGCCAAGGAGACCUCCAGCUGUCCGACCAGACGCAAGACUACCAAGACCCAGAAGACAGCGAGGACAACAGCAAGAGGGCUUACAGGUGCACCAUGUGUAAUAAACCGUUUAAGAAGUCCAGCCAUCUGAAGCAACACGUGCGCUCCCACACCGGCGAGAAACCCUACUGCUGCAACAUUUGUGGCCGAUGCUUCGUCUCAGCAGGGGUCCUCAAGUCCCACCUCAACACACACACAGGAGUGAAGGCCUAUAAGUGUAACAUGUGUGACACUUCCUUCACCACCAACGGCAGUCUGAACCGCCACAUGGUUGUCCACCUGAAGCCCUACAAGUGUCACAUGUGUGAGGACAGCUUCCGCAACAGCGUGCUGUAUAGGAAGCACUUGAAGAAGGACCACGCCGAAGUGGACAGAGGGCUGGAGGAUGAGGACGGCGAGGAGGAAGAGGAGGGCGAGCAGACCGUGAUGAAGAGGAACCGGGCCAACAUCAUAACCUUCACGGAGGAGCAGGCGGAGGAGCUGGCCAAGAAUGACCCUGGUGACGAGGCGUCGGUGUCGGAGAAGGUGCUGGCCCAGUCGGCGGCAGAGCGCGACCGCAUCAGCGAGAUCAAGGACAAGGCGGUGGAGCUGGAGACGGAGCCCAAGUUCGCCAACUGCUGUAACUUCUGCCCCAAGAGCUUCAAGAAGCCCAGCGACCUCGUCAGACAUAUCCGGAUCCACACAGGAGAGCGCCCUUACAAGUGUGACGAGUGUGGGAAGAACUUCACCGUGAAGUCCACCCUGGACUGCCACAUAAAGACCCACACAGGUCAGAAGCUGUUCAGCUGUCACAUGUGCAACACGUCCUUUUCCACCAAAGGGAGUCUGAAAGUCCACAUGCGUCUCCACACGGGCUCCAAGCCCUUCAAAUGCCCCUUCUGCGAGCUCCGCUUCCGCACCUCAGGCCACCGCAAGACCCACAUCCAGUGUCACUACCGGCCCAGCUCAGAGGGUCGGAAGGCCAAGCGAGCGGCGUCAUCCAGAAGUAACCAGGACCAGCAGCAGCACCCGGGUAACCCAGAGACCCUGCACCCUGUGGGCCUGCUCCAAGCUACUACCACAGACCAUAACAUCUAUCUCCCAGCCAACCAGGUCCUCACAGGCCAGUUUGACCAGAACCUGCUGCAGCAGGGCCUGGUGGGCCAGGCUAUUCUGCCUACCUCCAUGUCAGCGGGUGGUGACCUGACAGUGUCUCUGUCGGAGGGUCUGGCUACUCUGGAGGGGGCUCCACCUCCAGCUUACCUCUGCCAACCUAGUGUGUCCCAACGUCCAGAUCUCUGGCAUCGACCAGGCAAAAUCAAACAACAUCACACUGCAGGUAAUGAGGGGGGGAUUGACCCAGCCUCCUCCAGCAGGGAGGUUCCUCUCCCACGCCCUGACAGGGACGGAGGCCUGACCAGCCACCCUCGGUGCCCACAUCAUGGCCGGAGACCCCUUGGCGCCGGCUCCAAUUGUGGUCCUGCACCGCUCACCAGCCUAUCCCUGCGCCCUCGCUAUCGGCCCCGGCCACAUCACCAUGGGCGCGUUGCGAGAGACACAGGUCAAGACCUCCUCCAGCAGCACGGCGCCCCUGGUGGCGGAGAGAUGAUUGGCGGGAUCAGGCUGGCAUCCCACCAAACCACAGGUGCCACCCUCACCAUGGGCAAUGACCACCUGCUACCUCAGAGCAACGCGGGCCUGACUGUCACCAGCCUGCCGCCUUGCACCUCCCUAUCGCAGACGGCUGGCUCCCAGAGCCUGGUGAUGUCGUCGUCGAGCAUGGCCAGCGACGGCAGCGUGACUCUCACACUGGAGGACACACAGGGUAUGCUGGACGCUCAACCUCAAUUCACGCUCAACUUCAACGCACAGAGUCAGCAGUACCAAACUGUGCUCAGUGACCAGGAUCUCUCAGGACAACAGGCCGGCUCCACCCAGCAGGUCAUACUGGUCAGUCACCACCCCCAGGCCACCGAGGGACAGCCCAACAAUAUUUACAGGCUGUCAGAGGAGGGCCAGGCGGUGGAGAAGGAGGACCAGGGGGAGAACCAGAAGCAGAACCAGUGUUUCUACUGCGAUCAGGUGUGUCAGAGCGCCAACACGCUGCGACGCCACUGCAGGCAGGCCCACGGCAAGGAGCGCUGCCACGUCUGCAGAGUGUGUGGCAAGGCCUUCAAAAGAGCUACUCACUUAAAGGAGCACGAGCGUGUCCACCAGCGAGGACCCUCACUGGGCUCCCAAAGGCCCAAGUUCUUCAAAUGCUCCUCCUGUGACAAAGCCUUCGCCAAGCCCAGCCAACUAGAGAGACACAACCGCACACACACAGGUGAGCGUCCCUUUAAGUGUUCCCAGUGUGACAAGGCCUUCAACCAAAAGAGUGCCCUGCAGGUACACACGGUCAAACACACAGGGGAGAAGCCCUACAAGUGUGAGGUCUGCAGCAUCAGCUUCACACAGAAGAGCAACAUGAAGCUGCACAUGAAGAGGUCGCACGGCUAUGGUCCCGAUCGGACCCAGGAGGCGACGUUGGAGCAGGGGACAGAGACGGAAGUCCCUCCCGAGCUGAAUGACAUGGAAGAGGUUGUCCAGGAGUCUUCUGGAGACUGGCACUGUGGCAUCCCCAACGUCUUCCCUUAGCUCCCAACUCAGAAUUGAAUUGACCAUCCCAGUUCAUCCCAGCAUAGACUCUUUACUAGGCGUCUGUGCACUGAUGAUACAAAGCACUGAUUUUACCACUAAGUAGGUGUGGGAAAAACCUACCCCUCAGAUCAACCCCCUCCUUUCCUCACCUUUUUUUAAUCGAGUUGGACAUUUCUGCACUUUUUGUAAAGCAUAUCCAAGGUGAUGUUGCCACGCACAUACUGAAAACAGAAAGCGUGUGUGGCCAGACCUACACGCAUUAGGUCUUAGCAGCAGCUAUUUCUGCCCGUUUCUCUUGUCCUCAGAUAUGCAUUAAAGGGACAAUCUGUGAUUGCUACAUCACUUUUUUUUGUUGUACUUUUAAAUUCAUGAUAUAUACCCAUUGAUUAUUGAAGAGUAUAACUUAAAAAUGCCUUAGUUCAGCUUGUUCCUCUUUUUUUGUUAAAAAAAACUACAUUUUAUCGCCUCGACAUGGUUAAAUCUAUCCUUUUGAUAUCAUAGCUCUGUCUUAUGAAUUUGGUUACAUUUCUCCAGCCCCGUCCCUCAGCUAUUUACCKAAUCGGUGGCGGGUUGCCCGCUUUUAUUAUUGUUUGAACUGCAGAUUGUCCCUUUAAAGGCAGAGAACUGGUCCCUCCAUUGACUAAAUUGCUGAAUCAACCUGCGCUCUGAUUCUCAUUAGUACGAGUCCCUUAUGAGACGUUUUAG